UCCACUCAGGUGUGUGCAUGCCCAGUGCACCAAAGCCGGAGAAAUUCGCCUAGCAGUACCCGUAGGGGUAGUGUUUGUGCCCCUUGCCUCAUAGCCUGUCCCCUGGCUGUAUAAGGGCAGCGUCGCCUUGACCCGCCUCAGUUCCUUCUCACCACCCCCAGCAAGAGGUCGGAGCACUGUGGGCAUGGCCCUUUUAUCUCUAAGUUGUUGAGAACUUUGUGUUCAUAGUUAGUUGUUUAGUAGUUAGUACCUUAGGUGGGUUAGUUAGUUAGCUGGAAUGUCUUCACCAGGAUUUAAACGUUGCCCAUCAUGUGAGGGGCUAUUCCAAAUAGUGAUCCCCACACGCAGUGUUUAAUGUGCCUGGGAGAGGAACACAGUAAGGACAGAUGCUCCAUCUGUAAGUCCUUCAGGACAAGGAUGCAGUUAGCAAGGCACUUGAGAUGCGAGCAAGCCAUGAGGCCCCCGUCAGCACUGGAGAUGGUACCAGCUCCUCAGCUGUCGUGUGAGCCUCAUCGUACCGAUGUUCUGCGGCAGAACUUGGAGGCAGCCUCUAGGAGGGCUCCACCAAGGAAAAGGACCCAUAAAUCGGAACACAGCUGGCAGAGAGAGUCAUUCUCUGCAGGGAUCAAUGAUGGCUCCUUGGGUACCCGUGCAGGAGCUGGUCCUUCAACCCAUUCUCUCGUACCAAGGCAACAUUGAGAGGCUGUACAGUCAACUCCAGCACCAUGCGUGAGUCCAGAACUGCCGUCUUCAGCACCAACAAUGACCACGCCCGUGGCCUACUAGGCGACAUCAGACCUAUUAUGCCUCUCAGUCCCAGACCCUCCAAUCACCAAUGAACCGUCAGCAACAAUGACUUCAUCAGUGAUUAGGGCACUGACACCAUCCUUGGUACCACCUGUACGCCUGGGUACCCUGUCUAGGCUGGUGUCUGACCAGUUCUUCGGCGAUGACGACUUCGGUACAGACUGAGGCUUGAAGACGGGUGCCAACACCGGCCCUGGAGCCUCCUUGAGAGUCAGUACUGAGCGAGAACAUGUUGCCCUUGCAACCCAUAGGGCCCCUUAUUGACCUAGGGCCCGUGCAGGCAGCAUAUUGGGCCUUGCAUGAAGCUGGAUGGUGGCUGGCUGGCUCUGCUGGGAGUUGAUCCUCCAUUACCCCAAAUAACUUUGGGGUUCAUCAGGGCUGAAUUAGAAUUCUUCCUCACCCUCCCUUUUGUCCCCCAGAGGCCGGUUUACAGCUUGGUCCAGACACACAUCUGAUACUGACAUCAUGGGAUCAAUACCAAUCACACAUUAGGCGUAGGGGCUCUUGGCACGCUACUCAUUGGCCACCGAUGCCUUACCCAUAUCCACGAUGGCCUGGGAAUCUGUGGAACGCUCCUUCUUCCUUCAGAUUCCGAUCUUCCACCCACUCUCGGGCAACCUCUACGCUUUCAAUUCAACCUCCCAAGUCUCUCCUCCUCCCUGAACUGUUGACCCAACAUCACGGCCAGGUUGUUCAUCCAGCAGUAGGCAGUCUACCCCUUACCACGUGGGUGCUAGAUGAGGAAGAGAUGCAGUUAAAGAAGUUCUGCUUAGAGUAGGACAUCUGGGGGGGGCCACCUGUUUUUGUCUAAGUGGAAGCAGUUUUCGGUUUGGGGGAACCUCAGAGGGAGUUCAUCCUCUGUCAGCAUGGAUUCAGAACGUUCUGGACUAUUGGUUGCAGUUGAAAUCUUUGGGCCUGGCUCUUAGCUCUUCCAAAGUUCAUUUGGCUAUGAUUUCAGCUUUCUACCCUCCUCUUUGGGGAAAGUUGCUAAAUUCACAUCCUAUGGUAGGGAGGUUUCUGAAAGGCAUUGUCUGUCAUUUUCCACCAGUGAAGAAAAUGGUGCCAUUGUGGGACCUUAAUACAGUGCUCGUGCCACCAAUGAGUCUGUUUGAGUCAAUAGUUAACAUGCUCAUUGGCUCUCCACACCCAGGAGUUGGCCUUCCCGGUAGCUAUAACAUCCACUAGACUAGUCAGGGAAGCCUUCAUGGCAGCGGAUCCCCCAUACACCCACUUCUUCAAAGGCAAGGUAGCUUCAAGACCAUAGCCAAAAUUUCUGUCAAAAGCGAUCUCUCGGAUUCACCUUAAUGAGGUUAUUUACUUACCUGUAUUUUUUCCCAAACCACACUUGGGCAUAGAAGAACAACGCCUUCAGACCUUAGAUGCGGGAAGGUGCUCGGCAUUUUAUCUGGAAAGGACUAACCCCUUUCGUUCAUCACCUCUCCUCUUCGUAUCUUACACUGAGCGGAUGAAAGGACAAUCGGUCUCCGCUACGUAGAUAAGGACGUGUAUUGCCACAGCUUCUGGAGCAGCUCAGAUUACGCCCCCAAAGUCGUUACGGGCUCAUUCGACGAGCGCUCGAGCAACUUCAGUAGCGUUUCUUAGAGAUGUUUCCCCGAGUGGAUGGCCGCAGGGCUGCAACUGGCCCUCAGCGCACACCUUUGCGAGACACUGUGCUAUCACCACGGCUUCUCGGGCUGACGCACGCUUUGGAAAGGCAGUUCUGCAGUCUCUGUGUAAAUCGACUCCGAGCCCUGGGAAUACACGUCUGCAAGCACUCGAAGAGGAAAAGACUGUUACUCACCUGCGUUGGAGCUGUUCUUCGAGAUGUGGCUGCAGACACGUAUUCCACGGCCCACCCUGCACCCCCUCUGCAUCGGAGGCUCCAGCCUGGGGUUUGGUGCAAAGGAACAGAGGGGUCAUGGCAGCUCUGCCCUUCUAGAGCCGGGGAGGGGCGUGAGCACUGCCCAUGCGUGCUGCUCGGCGGAUUUCUCCAGCUUUGGUGCAUGAGCGUGGGAUACGUGCCUGCAGCCACACCUCGAAGAACAAGUUACCAGACAGGUAAGUAACCAUCUGCUAUUGUUGAUUUGUGCCAAAAGAGUUAAAAGAGCAGGACCACGUGUGGGGUAGAAUUUCUGCUGUCACUCGUAUGUGGCUUGCAGGAGUGGGGUGGCUACGUUCGUCUCUGCCCAUUCUGCUGGGGAGGAGCUGUGCAAAGCAGCCCUUGUAACACACGAGAGGAAGGAGUGUGGCAAAGUGCGGGUGGGAGCAGCAGCAGGAGCUGGGGAACCACUAUCAGCAGAAAGUCCCUUGCAGCGCCCGUCCUAAGCCAGGGUACAGGGCACGUUUGGGGCGUGCUGGCAGACCUGGCUGCAGCGCUGUGCCUAUGACAAGGCCAAGCCCAGCUGCCGGAGUUCAGUUCCCCUCCCCUCAAUAGCUGGCUGAGCAUGUGGGGGACACAGAGAGCAGGAUGGUGGCAGGGGAGGCAAAUGAGACCAUGCUGCCUUCUAUGCAAGGCUGGCUCUGGGAAUGCCCUGCGCUCCAUCCGCCAGCGGGCAGAACAGGACAGCUUGGUGACGCAGGCCUCCCACCUAGGCCAGUGGUUCACACCUGGGCAGGAGCAGCUGAACAUCUCACCGGCCACCAUGGAGUAAGUCAGGGGAAGAGGGGGGUCUUGUCCCGGCUGCAUCUGCCACUGUGAUGAGCCUCCGCGCAGGCAGAGAUGCCAAGCCUGGAACGGAGCCCGAGCUCCCUCCAGGGGGCCUCUCCAGUUUAUGAAUGCAGCGCUCAGUUCCCUCUCUGGUGGCACUGAACCAUCAAAGAGCAAAUGGGUGAAAGCAGGAGCAGGGCAGAGCAGAUCAAGGGGGGAUGGGUGUGCGUAUGCAGUUUUCCCCAUGAGUGCAGUUCCCUGGCAGUGCAGACAGCUCCCUGAUCAGCAAGAGGGGGCAGGGGCUGAAUGCAGUGGGGCCCAGGGGGCAGGAGCGGCUGGUCACCUUCAUCCCCCACCUGGGUCAACCGGACAGGCAGGCAAGCCGGUGUCACUGGGGUGGGUAGCUCUCCAGUCUGCGAGGCUGGGAGCUCUUUGCUGGACAGAUGUUAACCCAUGCAGCCCCUGGCGGGUGGGAUGGGGACAUCUCCAGGUUGCACGGGGGAAACUGAGGCACAGAGCAGGGUUGGGGCCCUGCCCCAGGCUGUGGAGUGGGUGUCAGGGCUGCGGGGGGAAACCAGGGUUUUCUGCCUGGGAGGCUUUAUGGAGAAGGGGGCCCCACCCUCCUUUUUUACUGCACUGUGACCGCAUGUGACUGCCCUGCUGGGAGGGGUGUGCCAGGUGCAUUGGCUCCUCCCCAGGCUCUUCUCCAACGCACCAGGAAGCAGUUGGCAAGCUCCCUUGUGGGCACAGCAAGAUCCUGGCCAAGGUAGAGGAACCCCCUCUUAGCUUUGCCGAACCUCCCCCUGCCCUGCUCAGUCAGCUGCCCCAGCCCUCCCCCCGCCCCCCUGUGAUGCAGAAAGCAAACACUCUGGCUGGGGGGUACCAGCCUCUGCUGGAGCCCCGAGGGGGCCCCAUUACAUCCCAGCUCAGAGUCCCUGUAUCAGAGAGCUGCGCCAGGCGAGGCCUGCUGGACCCUCUCCCCUGGCACUCCCCGCUUGGAGGACAGAGCAGCCCAGGCCCCGCUCGUCCCUGCUCCCAUAGUGACUGCGUGAGGGCACGCCUGGGGCGACGGGGAGCUGAACAGGGGGCUCUCUCCCCAGCAGUCAGUGCUGGCCCCAGUGCUCCAGAGCAGGGCUAGGGGCCGGAGUCGCUGGAGGUGCCGAAUUUCACACCACGCCCUCUCAGGGAGCUAACGAUGCCUUCCCAAGGGGCAGAGGGCCCAGGGACUGAGUCUCUCCAGGGUCGGGCUGCGGUGUGCUGGGAAGGUUCCUGCCCUGGGGAGAGCUAGAGGCAUUCACUGUCUGUGGGGUGGGCCCCCUGGGGCUGGAGCUGGCAGUGAGGGGGGUGUGGGGUUCCCCCAGCAUACAGCAGCCUGGGCCCCAGCUGGGGAAACAUGCUCCAUUCCCUGCUUUCUCCUUCCCUCCGGCUGCAGCCCUGCUAGGUCUGCCUGCCCGUGGCCCAGCGGGACGGGUCCUGCCGGGGAAUGGAGCCCCUGGGCCAGGCCUGGGCACUUAUCACCCACGGCUGCUGGGGGACUUUGGGGUGGGGAAGACCACCCUGUUCCACCGCGUCCGGGCAGGGCGCUUCCUGCAGGGGGCCCCCGCCCCCGCCGAGCACCUGGCCAUCUGCGAGAGGACCAUGCAGCUCAGCCUCCCCCAAGCCCCCCGCCUGGCCCAGGUAUGUGGCUGUGGGCCUGUCCCUCCCCCUCCCCCCAGGUCCGGGUGUGUCUGGGCCACACCAGCGAAACUCCUUGCAGCAGCACCAUGGUAGCCGCCGGGCCCUGCCACGGGCACCCAGACUGUCCCGCUCUGGGGAGCGACGCCACAAAGGGGUUAAUCAGCUGUCGGGAGUUGCUAGGCGACAGCAUCCCACCCCCAGGUAGUGGCUCAGGGCUGGGCUUGUGUUGGCUGGGAGCCUUGGUGGUCCCCACUGGUGGGAGGGCUGGGCUGGCAGAGGGCCUGGAGUUGGUAUCCUGGUAUCCUGCCGGCGUCCUGAGGGAGAUGAAACCAGCCGGCUGGGCAGUGCUGUCUGUGGCAUGUCCCUGGCACGCCCACAAGCCAGGCGGUUUAGGCCCUGCAGCCCGAGACCUUUACCAUCUAACCCAGCCGGCUUACAGACUCCAGCCACAGCGUUUGUCUAGCCAAGCUCAUGUGGCAGUGAGUUCCACAGGUUGCCAGUGCCUUGCUCUCUGCUGUGUGCAGAUCUCCCUGUGGGACACGGCCGGUGAGGAAAGGUUCCUCUCCCUGAGCAGCUGCUACUACCGGGGCACAGACGCUGUGCUGCUGGUGUACAGCGUCCAGAGCCAGCUCUCCUUCGACAGCCUCCCGCACUGGGUGUGCAUGGCCCGGCAGCACUGCCCAGAAGCCCCCAUCUUCCUGCUGGGGAACAAGACUGACCUGGAGCCGUGCCUGCCGGAGGACAAGGCUGAGAAGUUUUCUGUGGAGCACAGAAUAGCUGGCAGGUUUAACGUGUCUGCCAAGACAGGGGAGAACGUGGACAGGUGCGUGCAGGACGUGGUGCGGCUGCUCGUCCUCGAGAGCGACGCAGGGUGCAGCAGGCUCACGGUGCCGCUGCAGGAGGCCGGCUCCUCCAGCCCGUGCGCGUGCUGAGAGCCCUGGGGAUGCCUGGCAACACCGCGCUCCGCGUCAGGAAGCUGCUGGGGUCCCGGCCUGAGCCCCGAAAGCCACUGUGUCACCACCAGCCACUGCUCCUGCCGGGCGUGGAGCCACCCCUGGAGAGACCCUCCUGCCCUGUUCCCGGAACGUGCUGCCGGAUAAUCCCUGCUGUGGGGGGUGAGCAGCCUCGUGCCAUCCAGGCAUCUUUGUCCCCUGGAAGGGGAGGCUGGACCCCAGGGGCUGGGGCUGAGCCCCACGUCUGUCCCCGCGUCUGCGGUUUGUCCUCUCGCUGCUCACCAGCCUGUAGGGGAGGAGAGCCUCCCACAGGCCCAGCACAUGGGCUGCGCCUGGUCGCUGGGAGACCCACGCGCACACACUAGGCCCAGCAGGAGGCCGUGUCAGCGGUUAUGGGGGCUCUUCCGCCCUCUGGGCCGGCAGCGAAUCAAUGCCCCCACCCAGUGCUGGAGGGCGCUCUGCGUCCUGUUUGAGAGAGGGUGUGAAAAGCAGCCCCUGCUCCCUAGUGCUCAUUGCAAAUCCCAUUGUUCUCCAUGCUGGGUGGUGGGGUAACCUACUGUCCUGUGCCCAGGCCAGAUGCCAUGUCAAGCACCUGGGCUGGGCUGGGCUCUGGGAGAAGCGAACAAGGAGAAGGGGGCUGCAUAGCAGGUGACUUCUUUGCAUCAGCCUUCACUGGGGCAGGGGGUGGUGGGAACCGGUCCCAGACUCGCUCUUGUCAGGCGCUGCAGAGAAGGGAGGAGGGAUUGAGGUGACAGGGGGGUUGCUGGAACAAGCUGCCAAGGCGCUGGCAGUCCCCAGCACCAGGUGGGAUAAGCCACCAGUAGUACUGUGUGAUCCACACCAGAGGGCGUGGUCCCUGGGACCUCUGGUUGCACCUGCCGUAAGAAAGGUGUUGCCCAUGAUCCGGGGAGUCAGCGCGAGUCUCAUCGCAAAGCUCGGGAAACUAUCUGAAAUGCUCCAUCGGGUAAAAUCUUGGCCCCAUGGAAGUCAAUGGCAUGUUCCUGUUGGCUUCCCUGGAACUAGGAGUUCACCCAUAGAUCUUCAAGGCUAGAAGGGAGCCUGAGCCUGACCUCCUCAGCAGGCCAGACUGGAUCUCCCCCAGCUCCGCCUGUUCUGAGCCCAGCUGCUUGUGUCUGGCUGAGGCAGCUCCUCCAGAAAAGCAUCCCAUGUUGAUGUGAAGAUGGCAGAGAUGGACAAUCCACCACUUGGUGUCUGUUUGUUGCAAUGGUUAACUGCCCUGCCUGUUAAAAAUGUGUCAUCUUUCUAACUUCCAUUUGUCUGGCUUUAACUUCCAGCCCCGGUCUCUUGUUCUGUCUUUCUUUGCUAAAUCAGAGAUUCCGCUUAGGGCUGGUAGCUUCUCCCUGUAUUGAUCCCUCUCUACGGUACUGAGUGCCACCCAUCUUGCACUGUCUCGAGUCAUCGCUGUAGCUCUCUCCUGCACCCUCACCAAGUUUCAACUUCCUUUGUAAAACGUAGGCCCCGUGUUCCAGUCUUAGCACGAUCAACAAAAAGCCAGGGACGAGCCUGCCCGGGCUCUGCAAGGGAAAGUCACGCCUCUCCGAUCUGCUGGCAUUCUUUGAGCAUGUCAGCACAUGGCGGAGAAAGGAGACCCAGGUGAUACUUGGUCACCUAACCCUGCUGGUUCCCAAGCAGCCCUUCUGCUGGUGGAGAAACACUGGGCUGGAGGCUGUGUUUCCUAGCCGCUCUGUGUUCUUGGGGAACCAGGCGCAGCACCCAGCCUGUCUGACUCACGAAAGACAUUCCUCCACCCCCCAGCCUCUGCUUGAACCAAAGCUGCAUCAGAAGAAAGACUUACAAAAAGCAAUGAAAAGGCCGUGGGAGACCCACCUAAACCCCUGGGAGAAGGGUGACAGGAUUAAGGAAACUCCCGUAGGCUCAUUUGCAUCAAAGAUGGGACAGGGAGGCAUCUCCAUUAGCAUACAGACUGGAGAACAGAGACUCUGAGGCAAGAACCGCAGGGAACUCUGGGACCAGAAAAGCAGGGCAGCACUGCAUGAUGGGGGAUCUCUGCUCCAGAUGUUAACAAACCCACGCCUGCACACACCCAGCUCAGCAGUUAUCAGACCAAUUCUAGUAAUAAAUCCUUGAUUGGUAUCCAAAAUACUGAAGCUGCCUAACUGCAUUGGGAGCUCCCUCGAAGGAACACUGCCCAUAGCCAGGGAUGAUCAGCUCCCCUGAUCUAGCCUGAACAAAACAACCUCCCUUGUUUACACGGCAACAAAUCUAGUGUUCUCCCUUGAACCAUUGUCGUUUCUCUACAAAAACCGCUGUCCACGCUCAAGUAAGUGCUCUGAUGCCUGGAUCCACAAUCUGCGUCAGUCCCACUGGGACUUCAUCUUCUCCUGACUGAUCAUGCUGGGGGCUGUGCCUGUCUCCAGCUCUCUGGACCCUCAGCUACCACCAUCACCUGGGACCGCCUGAUCGAGUCCAGCUUCACGGAGUGGCAAGAACCCAGCUCGCUCUAGGUGCAGCCCCCUGACCCUGACUGGUGGGGUCAGUUAGAGGUUUCUAAACCUGACUUUUACAAUUGUGUUUGUUAGAUUUAAUAGUAUCCCUGUUUUGUUUGUGUGGCUCCCCAUGGUUAUUA